CAAAAAACAGGUUUCUGUCCACAAUGAACCACUACAGAUGACGUAAGGUGGGUUCUACCAAGUUAUUUAAAUAUUAUCCGGGUUGUUGAUUGACAAUUCCGGUCACGCACCGCCGUUUUUUCUCUCGACGUCACAGCGAGCUCCAACCAGCUAUGGCGUGAGGGUGAUCGCUCCCAGCUCUUCCAAACCCAAUACUCGACCAGAAUGAUAUGGCAACCCAAGUCGCCGACAGAGGAAAUGACGAAAGCCAUGAAAACCAUGAUCCCUCACCUAUAGCUGCUUCAGCGCUGAGCUCACGACGGCAACUUUCACGAUCGCCGCACCCUUACCAUCGCCACGGACCCGGCCUCCUCACCCCGACAGGCAACGGUGAACGUGGCAACCACUAUACUUCCUCGUGGAGAAAAUCGUCUAGGACUUCUAGUGAAAGUGGAACGGAGGCGGACGAUGAGAGCACGGGGUUUUUGAAAGGCUUGCCGGCGCCCCGGGCGCGACCUAGACACAACCUGAGUGCUGGACGAGGGAGUGGCCAGGAGACGGGUGCGGAGUCGACGGCAGAGCGGUUAUGGUAUGCUUUCAGGAGGUCGAGGUCAGCGGCUUCGAGAAGAGAUUCGGGUGAGGCUGCGGAUGGCGAUGAGGAAGAUGCCCUGGCCCAGGUGGCUAGGCGGAACCGCAUCGAAGUUCUACGAAGGCUGUUUGAGACGGUGCUGGUACUUGCUGUGGCCGCGACGGUAUAUUUUGGGAACGAUGUAAGAUUCGCUGCUAGAGCUUGGAAUAGAGAGCUUUUGACAUUUUCGAUUACGAUUCUUGUACUUUACUUGAUAUACCCUUUUCAAAUUUCUACGCAUGGUUUUCGACGGCGCAGUUGGAAAGCUAUUGCGGCCUUCCCAUUCUCGACGAAUCUCGAUCCCGCUCCUCUAAUAUACCCCGUUCUCCUCCCUGUGCUAAUUGCGUUGUCGCUGGUACACAAUCAUCAGACGUCAAUAUUACCAAAUAUAAUACUCGGACUUUCUUCGAUACCUUCUCCCGUUAUACCCUUCUACAAUGUACGGCAUGACUUCAUCAUCGCACAUUGGGCGAUUACCAUUCUGCCAGUUAUCAUCUCGGAUAUCCCGUCACGAAGCUCUGAGGCAUUUCAGGGCCUCAACCCGGAGCUACUGCUUCUUAUUUUCCCCUUACACCAGGCGCUUGUAACAACAUUGCAUUUUCUUUCCACAACUAGUUUAUUGCCUACCGAGUUGCAGCUCCUUGCUACAGGACUCAUUAACAUCCUGCUCUUUGCUAGCUCACCCCAAGGGGAAAUUCUGAAGGCGCUACUGUGGCUUGGUGGGAUUUGUAUGCUUGCCCUAUGUCAACAUGUCCUGCGCUGGGAGGUUACAUUAGCAAGAAUACCGUCUUGGAAAUUCCGUCGGUCACCUAGUAGAGACAACAAGUCGAGGAGUCUUCUUAAGAUGCUUGAUCAUAGCAUCUGCUACAGACUCAGUCAUGGUGGCCAUGACGGGGAGGUGUUGCCCGAGAGCGAUGUACCUGUCAGCGGACUUACACUGACCAAGGGCACGAGAAGCCAAAGCAACUACGGUUUUAAGCAAGCUAAUGUUGCUAAGAUGUCUGAUGAUCGAACCGCGGCUCCUCCCAUUCACCCAGUUCCAUUGGACAAUGUCCGAUCAAAGAAUGGUAGUUCACUCCAAGAAACUACGAAUACGCAACAGAAAUCUACUCACAGCUACCGUCGUCAAUCGUCGACCAUUGACGAUGGCGACGGGGAUGAUUCUGUUAAAAUUACGCCUAGUGGCCGGCGCAAACGAUUAGUGACGCCGAAUGUCAAAUCAUUCCUCUCACUUACCGCGGCACAGGCCCGAGUGCGAAAGUGGGCAUAUGCACUAUAUACCUACGCGGCGACUUUAUUUAUAAUUUUGUUGCCUGUGAGAAGAUAUGUUGGGCGGAAUGCACUUCAUGGGAAUGAGCCCUUCGGGUGGGCAAUUGGAUAUCUGUUUGGCAACAUCCCGUCCUUCAGGUUUCAGAUCGUAAAAGCCAAUCUGGAGAAUUGGGUACGAAUACCACCUUUACUCGAUCCAGAGUUGGACCACAAAUCAUGUCGUCUGGGAUGGGUGGAGCAUCUCCGGCGAGAUACUCUCGGAGAGGCAAAUACCCGCCUCCUGAUCUCUUGUUAUUGUGCGCUUGUGAUUGUGGUAGGAUUGGCGUUAGUGAUUCGUCUCAACGGGCCCGUUGAGGUAGACACUCGACGCAAAGUCUUCCAUGGAAUGAUGGUCCUGAUGUUCCUGCCAGCCACCUUCAUCGACCCUACAUUCACAGCACUUGCUCUGGCCCUCGUCCUAGCCGUUUUCCUCUUACUGGAUCUAUUCCGAGCCUCGCAGUUACCACCAAUCUCAAAGCCGCUCACAUACUUCCUUGCACCUUACGUAGAUGGGCGCGACCAUCGCGGCCCAGUCAUUGUUUCCCACAUCUUCCUCCUUAUUGGCUGCGCCGUUCCACUCUGGCUUUCUCUUGCUGGGAUCCCUCGCACUGGCAGCCCUCCCUGGGAGGGAUGGGAUGUAGAGACGCGGGAUCUGAGCAUGGUCAGCGGGGUUAUAUGCGUCGGCAUGGGUGACGCUGCAGCGUCUGUGGUGGGGCGACGAUAUGGCCGACAUAAGUGGUUCUGGGGUGGCGGGAAGAGUAUCGAGGGCAGUAUGGCCUUUGCACUCGCCGUUUUUGUGGGCAUACUGGCGGCGCGCGUUUGGUUGAUUGUCGGGGGGUGGGAUCGUUCAGUGUCCGUGCCGAUGUCUCAGUUGAUAUCCGCAUCCUGGCCAACGAUGGCGACAUCGAGGGGCUGGGCUGUCAUCGUCGCUAAAUCUAUCCUUGCGGCGCUAGGGUCAAGUUGCAUGGAAGCAGUCUUGACGGGUGGGAAUGAUAAUGUUGUGGUGCCGUUGGUUUUGUGGUUGCUUGUUCGCGGAUUGGGUUUAUAGAUAUCUGUUUCGCCUUCCCCCUUUCUCUUCUCGUAUUUAAUUCGCAUCAUUUAUAGGUGUUAACCAUAUCUCAUCUGUCUUCCUCAGCAUAGAUCUUUAGAAGUGUAUAUACUAUUUCAACUGCUCAUACAUUUGUCCUGUUCAUAUAUAUUGGCUUGAAAUGAUGAGGGGAUUUUUACUACUACGAUGAGAAAGGAGGAGAAAGAUAUUUAUUAUUAGGGGCUGGGUAUGGGCCGGUCCAAGAUAUUUAUUCCGUCCCACCCAGCCUAACCUUACUAGAAUAACCCGUGGAACCUCGAAGGCGGGUGGUACGGUACCUGCCGAGGCAGAGUUUGCUCGCUUAAAUGAACGCGCCAAGCGCACCAGAGCGGGCGCAUCUCGCUUCUAGGGUUUCGUUCAUCUCAUCUAUAGAGUUCCUUGCCUUCAGGGAUCAUGCCAUAAACAAUAAGAAAGGCAUCCUGUGACUCUGUGAGAGAUAAAGCAUCCACAGUGAAGAUAACGCUAGCCAGAAGUGUACCUAACUUCAGCACGUCUUCAAAAUUGUUUGAAUCAGCACUGCGAGAUCUGAGUGUUUGUGUCACCCCUGACUAACUAACUGAUAUUGCAAGUUGAGGGUACUUGGAUAACUUUUUAUUCUAACAUUUGCAGAACUUUCAUGAGAAAAUUCAUAUGUAAGAUGAAGCGAAGCAGCAGAAAGUGUACAUGGUAUGAUGAAAAUGCUCUCAUGAUUGAAAAAUGAAGCAAUGUGAACAACAGAUAUAAUGAGAGGCGAGCUGUUGGUCAUUCCGUGAUUUGACUGGAUAACUACCUCUCAUCAGCUCUGAGACUAUGUCAUUUUCAAGGGAAAGACUACCUUCAUUCAAUCCAGGGGAUGGAUAACGCGCAGACCGAUGAUGACAACGGAGCCGUUUCUCUACAGAUACCGGGAAAUACCCUCCGCCAACGCGACACAGGGCUUAUAUUCCCUCCUUUUUAUCCUUCAAAAUUCUCCGGGCUGUCUAUCUCCUCGCAACCCCGCCCCGCCCCGCCUCGCCUCGCGAAGCUUGAUGAAUAUCCCGAGCCAGACAGGCUAUCUAUGAUAAUUCCUACCCUGUGUUAGGGGAAAUUUCCCGGGGGGGGGGGGGGGGGAGGGGGAGCAUCAAGCUACACCCCGUCCCUUGCCUCCUUCGCCAUACCUAGCGCAAUCACGUACACAUAUCAACAACCAUCCUCCCACCAUCCCCUCCUCCGCCAACCCUCCAGACAACCCUUAGACUCGCAUGGGUUCUCCAGCGCCAAUCCUCCAUACCAACCCUGCAGCAACAACCGCAACAGUCCCUGAGAUAUCCCCGCCCCCCCUGGUUCGCCGAGUGAACCCAAACUAACAUGAGAGCCUGACGCGCGAGAGCAUCUUGUACAGCAACCCCCCCCAUCCCGCCUCUACAACACACAUUGCUGGAGGAUCGCGCCAGGUGCUUCAUAGCCUAUGGGCACGAAACUUGCCUUCUGCCACGCGCACGGCGGGUCACGGUGGAACGUGAUUCUGUUUCCGCGAGGAUGUGUUUGUAUUUGCAUUUGCGGCUCGUGGUGCGAUGCGUUUUGACCUAUUGCCGGAUGGGGGCAUGUGGGAUGUGUGCCCCAGGGGAUUUGAAUGAGAGUGAGACCGCUUGCGUUGUUGUAUGGACUAACGCGCGUCAUAGGCAUAAGGUCCGAUGCGGGGUGUCAGGCGCUGAGGUUGUGUUCGGGGAUCGAGGAGCUGUUUUUGGUGUAGGUGGGCGGGGGAUGAAGGGUUGGAUGGGACUUUGAAGGGGAACGGGAGGAGGAUGAUGAUGAUGAGCAUGAAGCAGGGGAGGCAUGGGCAUGGGUAGAGUGUGGUGUAGCGGAUGCUCUUUGAUAGGAGUUUGAUGUGGCUCAGUGAUCUGUAUUGUAAGGGUUACGAUCACUUCCGAUAUGAGAGACCUCAUAGUUGAGCUUUGUUGGGGUUUUUGGACGAGAGUCUUAAAAGGUAUAUAUGAGGCGUUGUUGAGUGAGAGAGACUGGCUGCCACCACUACUCCUCCUCCGUCUUCUCCCUGAUCCCCCUGUUCUAUCCCCUCUCUUUCGUGGGAAAUGCCGGAUUUGAGCCUACCUACAGUCAAGUCAGCCUGCAGCAACCGAUGUUAAAACGACUUCUCGCGUAUCGACAAUAGUAUUGGCGCAAUCGCGAGGAAGAUGGAUAUCAGGCGGCAGGACCCAUAUCUUAAGUAUAUUCCGGCGAUUGUUGAUACCUUUCCACCUUUAUUAUAUAUUCCAUAUGUUGCUGAUCAAAGGCAAAUAAUUUUUAUUCUCAGUUAUUGUUUCAUUUUCAUUUUCCCUUUAGAACAUUCUUCCCUGUCUGCUCAAUAAAUAUCUACUUCAAUCCGCAGAAUACAAGUAAUACAUGAUGGCUAGACGUAAGACUUUAAGCUCAGUAUGUGUAUCCCUGAAACACACCACCACUACUUUAACUUACUGAGCUACGAAAAAAACACACGAUAUGCUCCCCUGGCCGAUGAAAAUCUAGAA